GUGGAAUGCUCUUCUGUACACUGGCGAUCUGCUGUAUUGGAAUAUCUCCAGGUACAAUCUCAUUUUUAACUACUUCUGUAUUUAAUUUACAGGCUUUUUCUUUUUUUCUUUUUUUUUUUUAAAUAUAUUUUAGUAUGUUUUAUAUAUAACCGUAUGUGUGUGUGUGUGUGUGUAUAUAUAUAUAUAUAAAUAUAUAUAUUAUAGUAUUUUUUUUUUUUUCUUUAUCAUAAGUUGUUUUGGUUUUUUUUUUUUGUUAGACUAUAUCGUGUGUGCCAGUGUUUUUGCCCCCUCUGGCAAGUUGUAAAUAUCCAGGUGUAAAGUGUGUUUAUUGGUGUUUAAUUCAGUUACCCCAGCUACAAAUUAAAGAGUUUGUGGGGGGGGGGGGUUUGGUUUCCUACAAGAUGCUGUGGUGUAGAGCUCCUAAUACUUUUCGUUACUGCAGAGUACAAAAUGUUUACUUCUCAGUUAUUUCUGUCGGUUAAUGUAUUGUACCAGAUCCAUCUAUUUUCUGCGGCCCAUGUUUCAACUUGGCUUAUUAUUUGACAAAUGGUUUCACUCUGACACUGUUUUAUCAGUUAAGCUCCUGUUGGGCUGCUUGCUUCUUUAUCACAAAUAAAAGUGAGUUAUCUGAGAUAUAUUACUAACAACUUAAAAAAUCCUCUGUGGCAAAGAUUGAUGUGGCAUACCUUGAGGGAGUAUGCAAAACUUGUUUACUGUGGCUGUAGGUCACUUUUGAGUAUAUACUGUGCUGGAAGAGAUGUGAAUCAGUUUACAUUGUUCUAUCAGCUUAUUGUUGUGUUCAUACUUCUUACAAUCACAAUUUAAGAAAAUAUCUUGCAUAUAUAAUUUUUUUUUUCAGCUUGGAAUUGAGGGGGUUAAUUUGUUUUACUCAAUGUAUCUAGAAGUUUUGUAGUUUUUGUAUUAUAUGCGUUCUGAUUGUUAUGGUUCUAGAAUAGUAUUUUGUCACUUAUUUUUAAAGUUCCCAACUCCUCGAUUCUGUUCGAAAGUUUGGAAUUUAAUGGGGGUUGUUUUUUUUUUGUGUAAUAAAAAAAGCAAGUCUGUGAACUGUACAGAAAAUAUUCUCUUAACUAAAGAGGUUGGCUGCUAGUUAAUGUUUUGAUAUUCAUGCAUGCUAUUCCCUUUUAAAAUGCGCUUGAGUGUAGGUAGCCUUGUGCAUUGUAGUGUUAAAUCCCAUUCAAAUGCUUCCUAGUCUGUUGUGCGUCUGUGUCUGCCUUGUUCCUUGCGCCUUAAUGAAAAGUACAGUUUAAUCACUGGUGAGCCAAAUUGACCGUGAUUAGCUGUUAUUGCAGAUUAGUGUACAGUUUUUGUCUGGUGCUGCGGAGUAUUGAUCUGGAGGUGUCUUGCGUUUGUCCUGGCACUCGUUGCUUUUUUUUUUUGUCUUUACAUGCUGGGGUGGGCAUCGGAGGGACAGAAGCGUUAGGCAAAGGUCCAGAUGGGUGAGAAGACAGGUCCUGAAAAGAUCAUGUCAGGAAGUAGGUCAUGUACUGGGAGAGAUUAUACGAAACAUGCUUCAUCUCGUGAGGCAAGACAGCAGCAUACAAUUAUGAGGAAUUAGAACAACAAGAAGUGCAGAUUUAUCAGCUUUAAUUGUCUAUUGUCCGCACAGGGGCCUUCUUGCAGAUCACAGCUUCUGCCAACCUCCUAAUACCCCUAAUGGACUCUCCAUUGUAGGAUUAUCUCUUCUAAGAACAAUAUCUUUCUUCAAGAAGAGUUGCUUUGGGGGAUUGAUGGAAAAGGCCCCCCUUUGCUUAUGUGUCUCACCCUUGUACUCUUAAAUCUAAUUUUGGUUUAAUGGAGUAAGUUGGUAGAGGGCUCAGAGCUGCUGUUCUUUCAACAGUUCUAUUCCUUGAGCCGAUUUGGAAGAUACCUAUUCAAUAUUAACUUUGUUCUCCACCUUCUGCAAUGAGACUCAUUGGAAAACAAUAGGCAGUUUGAUAGUAAAAGUGAUAAGCAAGGACACAGUGGUUUGAGUCCCAUAGUGCCUCUCCCAGCCCCCACUGCACUCCAUUUUUAAAUCUACCCUGGAUUUUGAACAGUAAACAUUGCAACAUUUAAAAAGAGAUAAGGCGACAACUAUUAAUUGAAAGGGGCAAGGAGAAAAACACUCAUAUCUUUUUAACACUUUUGAUGCUGUGGGCCAUGUAUAAUAUGUGUGUGCUUGUCUUAAUUCCCUAUUCCAUAAGCAGAAAAACCUAUAACACUGGGUGAGUAUGUGUUCUUGGAUCAUCCAACCACCAAACCGUUAUAGCAUGCAUAAAUAUCCUGUAUGGAAUGAGUUGUCUGCCCAUGGAGAGGGAGAUAUUUUGAAUGGAAUUGGGGCCUCUUGAGGAUUAAUUGCUAAUCAUCAACUGGCAACAAUCAGUAACUGCUGAUUAAGUAAUUGAGGUUUUGAGUAUUUGUGAUAUGAAGACAAAAUAUGGUUAAAUUGUUUUGACUGGCUUGUGUUUUUUUUUUUUUAGCAAGCACCAUAGAAAGUGUUGUCUAAUGCAAAUUCUCAUGUUAAACCUAAUUGCUUUAUAUUCUGAUAUUUUUAAAUAUGUUCUAAAACAGUGUAGUAUUUUUAGCUGUAUAUAGAACUACCUACUUAAAAUAUUACACGUCACCCUUUUUUAAUGAAGUUUUUAUUUUUAUGUCUGUGGGGUUUUUUUUUUUUUUUUAAAUAAAGUUCCCUGGGAGGUGGCAUGUUUCUCAAUAACAAAUGCACUUUCAAUAAAAAAUAGCAGAAAAUAAUAGAAGAAAAAAUGCAGAACUACUGAGUAAGAAACUGCUGCAAAAAAAAAAAAAAAAAAGAUUUACUUUCCAAAAAUGUGCAUAUUAAAUUAAUUUCUUACUAUGCUAUACUGUGAAUGUAUAAACAUGCCCCCUGGAUUUUUACAUAUUAGACUAUUGAAUUAAAGUUUAUCUGCCUGUAAAAUCGAUUUACUGCCAUAUUUUAAGGCAGCCAAAGCUGCAGUUAUCUCUUCGGAACACCAAAAUAAAAACCGGCCCCACGUUUUAGUUUUAAGUUUAAAUCCUUAAUUGUACGCUGAUUUGGUAACCUACAUUGACAAACUAACAUUGCCCGAAGUUUUGUGCUUCUUUUAAAACGAUUUCACAUUGGUUAAGAAAACCCCAGUUGCUCUGUUUGUUUGGAGUAUUUGUCUGUUUUGUUUCUGUCUCCUUUAGCGUGCUUGUGCUGAGUUGUUAAUAGGGACUGACAAGCUUUCGACACAUAUACAUCUCCAAAACUGUUUUUGGUUUUCUUUCUCCGUGUAACUAGAGCCACCUUCUGUUUGAUUGCAUUGUUUCGAUGUGUAAAUGUUGAGUCAGCCUCACCUGAUUAACUCUUUUACUGCUCUUCAAUAGCCAGACAAUUUCACAUCGACCUCCUGAAAUCCUCUAACCCCGGGCAGUGUGAGCUGUCUCUAGGGGGCGGUGGUAUUGACAAAUAGAAUCUUCACAACCUUUUUUUUGUUUGGUUUUUUUUUUUUAAAAAACAUCAUUUUUAAUUUGAAACAGCCCAAGGGAUUAAGGUUUUUGGGUUUUUUUUUUCUCUUUACUAUCGAACUAUAGAUGGAUCUACUUUGUAUAGAAAGAUUUAUAGCUAUAGAUAAAUAUAGCCCGUGUUUUUAUGUAUGCUAAUGAAAGUUGCUUUCUCAUGCAAUGCAUAUAUCUGAGUAACAUUUGGCAGCAAUAGUGUCUCUUGCUGUGGCUGAGCAAGAUUUCCAGGUAGAUCUUGGCUCCUCCCCUUGUGGCUGUAAUGAGUGAAUCAGAUUUCCUAUUAUUAGCAUUUGAAACAGGAAGAGAAAGGAACAAGUCAGUGAGCUUGCUUAGCUCGGUCUUAAAGUGUUCAGUCUCUUGGCUGCAUAGGCAGAGCGUGCAGCACCUGUCUGUCAGUAUGAGAGAGAUCAUGUUGGAGAGGAGAGCUCAAGGUGUGGAGUCUCUUAGUCUCUGAAGUUCCCUCCUGGAAAGGAAAUGAUUUGUGUGUGUCUGCGAUUCGAAGGAUUUCGCUCUAAUGUUGGUUAUCUAUUGUGAAAAUUGUGUGGAAUCUGCUAGGGUGAGAUUUAUUAUAUAUAAUAAUUUUUUUUUUCUUAUUAUUUUAAUAUUUGCUUUACUCUUACUUGACAUGAACACUGCUACAAUCAUUUAGUUGUUGGUUUUUUUUUUUGUUUGUUUUUUUUUAUUCAGUACUCUUGGUUUGCUUUUAAACUUCAAAAGUUCUCUUGUGGUGAGUUCGGUUUCUUUUUAAUUCCCCACUCAUGUUUGAAGUCCUUCUUUGUAUAAUUUUUUUUUUGUUUUUUUUUUAACUGUCUGAAUUCGCGGAAUAUUUAAGUUCGGAUGAGCACUAGAGCCUGUUUAAAUUCUGUAUAUUUUAUGUUUACAUAUUAUUAUUAUUUUUUUUUGUCUGAUAUUAAAUUUCUUGGUAUAAGCAAUCCGUUACCGUUAAUUGCUGAUUUAAAUGGGUCUGCUCUUUGACAGCAGCUAGUGAUCUAUAGGGGGAUGUAACUCAGGCUAGAUCUCUCUGUUACUAUGUAUAUCAGGAUUGCUGGGUAUUAGGGGGGCUUACUUGGAUGACUAUGUGCAGAUUUUCCUUAUUCAUAGAAUGCACGUUUUUAUGACCCUUUACUCCUUCGGUGCUGUGACUCAGUGAGCUCGCUUGGGAUGAAGGAGUUCAGGAAAGACCCUGUCCCGUGAUCUAAGAUAUUGUUGCUAAAAGGGAUGCUGGCAGGAUGUAGGGUUUUAUAUUCUCUGCCCUCGGCAGGAUGAAAAAGAAGACGUCAGAGAAGGGGUUAGGUUGUUUUGGAAGUUGUUUGUGAGCUGGAAGCUGGUGGGAAAGUUCAGGCUUCCACAUUUGGAAGAGUCAGGCUGAGUUCCGCUCCUUGUAGCAUGCAUGCAAAUUCCAUUUUUAGACUCAUUCAGAUCCAGACAUCAGCUCCUUCCUCUUCCUUUGGUUGUUUUGUCCCUUUGAAGGAACUGCUUGGAAGGUGUCAGUAAUACAGCUCAGCCUCAGACAUGCUUAGACAGAGUUUGGAGCAUGCAAGAAACAACUUCACUAUCUUCUAAAGAUAAGAGGUACUGCAAGGUAGAUCAUUCUUAAUAAUGGACUCUUAUCCAUGUUAACACAAUGUUUUUGAGGCAUUUUAGUUAUUUUUAUCUAUUUUGUAAGCUGUCUAGAUUUUAUUUAAAAAAAAAAAAGUUAAUUUUUUUUUAUUUUUUGCUUUAUUUGUAUACAUUGUAGCUUCUGUUUAAAGUGUUAUAGAAUUCACUGGUCUCCCAAGAAACCACAGCACUGAAGACCAAAUUAGUUUAUAGAUAAAUAUAUAUAUUUUAUUUUUAACAUUUCCCUCUCCCCCUUUUCCAGGCUGCCACACAACAAAUAGUAAUUUUUUUUGGUACUGCUUGACUGGAGGGGACUUGGUAAACCAUGAAAAUGGACAUGGAGGGAGCUGAUAUGACGCUCUGGACAGAGGCUGAGUUUGAAGAGAAAUGCACCUACAUAGUGAAGGAUCACCAAUGGGACAGCUCCUUGGAUGGGACUCAGCUCAAGCAGGCACAGGCAUCCCUGCCCAGAAAUCUCCUUUUCAAAUAUGAUUCUGUCAGCAAAAAGGUGAGUCUGCUUUAAAGGGGUAAUAGUUAAUUUUAUUAAAUGUUGGAUUUUUUCCCAAAUAUUGAUCCUUGUGCAUUGCAUUAUCGUGAAGAAUUAAAGGGUUUGGUACAUUUCAUUGUACAAAAAGUCUGCUUGAAGAGUAGCUGGACCAUAUUUAGUGUAGUUUUAAAAAAAUAAAUAAAAACAAACAAAUUAUGAAACUGUGGGAAAAACUCUCAUUAAGGGGAAACUUUUUAAAAAUGGAUUUAUUUUUUUCAUUGCAGAAGAGUCCUGUUCUAAAGUUUUCUGAAAAUUCCGUUAAUUUGACAAUUGUAAAAUGUAUAUAAUAUUUAGCAUUAUUUUCUUUGCUAAAGGAAUGGCAAGAAUUGACACUUGAUCUUUCUAUGACUUGGUCUUUUUUUUUUUUUUUUCUAUCCCCAUAUCCAAUCAGAUACCUGAACCUGUAACUUCUAAAUUUUCAACUGUGUACAUUCUGUACAUUUUUUUAUUUUUUUUUGUAAGGGCUUUGUGGUACACCUGGGUGAGCAACAAGCUGUUUACAUUUUUAUAUGGCCAUUAUUGCAAGGUAUACUACAUAGGCACUCACCUGCAUAGUGUUCGGAGACUAUCCUUUGCUACUGCAUUCCACAAAUUUCCAGCAAAGUAACUUUUGACCCUGUUUUGUACACUAUAUCAGGACUUAUAAAGACUUCAUAGUCCCUUUGCUAUGUCAGAAGUAAUGCCUGCCUAGGUAGAUUAUUGACCUGGAUUUUUAAACAUGUUCUCAUAUCAACUUUGUCACAAAGGUCUGAGAUGCCCAGUAUCUAGAGUAUUUGUUCAGAUAAAACCAAACUGCAUGUAGGUGUGAAUACCAUUGCAUAUAUUGGACAGAGUUUAUGAUGUCCCUUUGAACCUCAGUUGCUACAUUUGAUACAUGAGAGAUAAUUGUCAAAUUCUAAUAUAAGUACAUAGCAUCUCUUUAACAUUCUACGUGUGAUAUCUUUUACCAUGGUUUUUCUUGGACCCAUUGUGUACUUUAAGUUGAAAGAUCUUCACUCCAUAACCUGGUAUUCUUUAUAGUUGAGGAAUAUAAAAAAAAAAUCCUUGGCACAUCACGACUAAAAGACCAAUCCUCCUUUUCUUUUACCCAUCCAUUACCCCCUUAUCAUUUUUCACAAAUUGCUUAUAUUUAAGCAAAAGGUAGGUUACUGUUUUUUGUCUCCGAUGCCACUGGUUGUCAGGCAGCACUCUGCGACCGAGCAGAAUGACAAAGAUUGAUUCAAAUUUGGCAAAGGUCAAUGCUUGUAAAGGAAUGGAGUAGGUUCUGAAAAGCAAGAUUUCAGUAUGAACUUGCUAAAAGCCCUCUGCCUCUUCUCCUGAACUGUUUAUACUAAAGGCCUUGACCCACCAAUCAGUUAUUGGAACCUUUGGACUGGUCCAAUGGCUACGUUAUCCCUUUCUAAUGAUCUUUGCAAGCAGACUAUGUAUUCUCAAAUCCAACAUAUGUAAGCAAGUUUUGGGAUAAUUAUUAUGCUCCCUUUUGUUCAUAAUGAAACCUCCUCAUUAUCAUUUGGUAUUUUAAGUUAUAUAUUUAUUUUUUCCUUUUCAAAAAAGCAAAUUGUUAAAAUUGUGGGAUUUCCGGUUUAAUCCUUUACUUUAUUACGUGUGUCAUUUUAUGGAGGUUGAGUAAUGAGUUUUGCAUGUAAAAACUGAAAUAUAGUUAUGGUAUCAUGCUGUGUCACAAGUUUAAGGGGGUGUUCAGUAACAGUUCACGUAAAUUGUGUUCAUCUGAAUACAAAUACAUGCACAAAAUACAUUGCCACAAAUUAUUGAAACUCCUAAGGGAGGGAGUACUAGCCCUUUCCUUACUGGUGGUGCUUAGGGGAACCACAAAUCCCUUAGAAUUUAGCAGAAAAAUUAUGGAAGCAGGCAACGCAAUCUGGCAAAAUAGGAAGGAUUUAUUUGAAGGCAGAAAGUCCCUGUGAAAUUACGUUUCGGCGCUCAAAAAGCCUUAGUCAUGUAGGGUUACGUGAUUAAUGCUUUUUGAUUGCGGAAACAUUCUGUGAUUCCAAUAAAUCCCGAUUUCCCCGGAUUGUUACCCUGUUUUCAUUAUUUUUCUACUUAAAUCGAAAAUGUGAAUUGAUGUCUGCAGUUUUCACCUUGGUUAAUUUGUUGUUAGUUCUAGUAACAUUUAUAUAUAAGUGAAGACUUAGAUUUGUUUUUUACGUUGGCAUAAUUUAAUAUUUAUAUAUAAUAUACAAUUUUUAUCUUUGCUAUAAGGCUGCACGGGUUAGAAAGAUAAUUUCAGAGUUCAAAGCCGUGACUAUUUUGUUUUAUUUUAAAUAUGCCUGUCUGUAGCGCCCUCUGUUGGUCGUUUUUGCAUAUAAUUUAAUCUGAUAACAUGCAAGAGCAUUUUUGCAUCUUUUUUAACUUGUUGAAGUUUAAUAUGCCCUUUCUAUCACAUUCUAAGAUUCUGGAUGGAAAAUCUGGUGUCUGAGAAGGGGAUUAAUCAUUGAAUACUCUUCUUUGUGGUUUGCAUGAUUGUUUCAGUUUAACUUGAAGCCCUUUAGUGAUAGUCUGGUGAACAUAAUUGUACAUUAAAGAAUAGUAACAUUUAUAAAUCCAUAAUUCAUUCUCCUUGCCAAAAGCAACAGCAGUUUAAUCACAUUGCGUCUUAAGGCGUUUCAGAUUUGAUGUUACAGGCAGUGUUUGGCAAUUUAUCAUUUGGUGGAACUUUGCUUGAGUCCACAUAGUGGAUUGUUUAAUUUGGAGGUACUUGUUGAACAAUUUUAGUGAUGAUCAGAUCAUUUUCAGAACAGGCUUAUUGGACCAGAAGUGCAAAGUGCCAAUGGCAAAUAUUUCACGAAUUUCAAUAUGCUUUUACAAAGAUCCCUUGUGUUUUGGAAAACUUGGUAGAAAGUACUUGCAAUACUGGAUCACAGCAAGCCUGUAUUGCAUACAUCCACAUUAAUUAAUAAGCCUACUUACUUUGAACUUGUUUCCUUUUUUACCUACUCUGUAUGUAUUUAAAAUGAAAAAAUGAUUUGAAUUCACAUGACCCGUUUACUGUCAUAAAUAUUUUUUAUUUUUUUUUUAUAUCCCAAUUACUGCCUUUCCUAUUAACCAUAAACAUUUUUUAUUUUAUUUUUAAGGUGAUCGGAGUUUUUAGCAAAGAGUAUAUUCCAAAAGGAACAAGGUUUGGCCCGUAUAUUGGGGAAAGUUACACAAUUGACACCGUUCCCGAGAAAGCAGACAGAAACUACUUUUGGCGGGUGAGUAUUUUUAAAAUAAAAUAGAAAGAACAUGUAUAGUGGUUAUUUCUAUUUUGUAUGUAUGUGUGUAUAUAUAAUAUUGUAUGUUUCUACAUUCUUAAGUUUUACUAUAUGUGGCAGAGAAUAUAGGUAUACAAGUAAUAUAUAUUCUUCAGAAGUAUUUUGCCUCUGUGUGGCAUUCACUAAAUCGCUGUAGCGUGAAUGAACACCUCUCCUUUUCUGUGAUACAGUGUGAUGAGAUAUAGACAGCAGGUAAAGGAAACUGUGGUGAAUCCUUUUCCAUCUAACACAGUUUGCAUCCUGAGCUUGCUUGCAUUGCUGGGAACAUCUGGUUACAAAUAAGAUCCCUUAGUCUUGCUCAUGUAGAGCGAGCGAGAGGAUGUGUGGGGUUGAGCAAACCCCUUAAGUGACAUUAUUUCUUGUAAAUGUACAGUGAGUCAGCACAUUCUCUCAGCGUUUGAAGUACGUGGAAAUCUCACGAUUUGGGGUAGUUUCUUUCUUCUUAAACAUGUGACCCCACCGCAAAAUUGAACCACUUUUCUCAUUAACCCUUUGAAGUUGGAAACCCCACUACGGCCCUGGAAGUUAUAGGGUUAAACCACAUGCAAAAACUCACUGCGAAUCUAGUAACCAUCUAGUUUCUGAUCUAAAAUUUGUGACAUGCACCUGGUAUUCCUGAAAGUCUCGGGACUCAAAGGACAAACCCCUCUACACACACCAACACACCUCGUGGCUAACACAACUCUUCAGACUUCUCUUCAACACAAAUUGUAUAAUACUAUGUGCACAAUGUGAUGAAGGAGCCAGUCGUGCUUCCUCCUUUAUACAUUUACAGGAAGCUGCUUUAAAAAAAAAAAAAAGAAAGUGAUUGUUGUCUUUUGCUCAGUGUCUCAAAAUGGUGCAACAGCUAGACAAGUUGCAUUUGUCACGUUCACUUUUCACGCAUAUUCUGUGAUCCUUGUAAUAUAUGUGCUACACUGAAAUGUUAGGAGCUUUGUGCCUCCAUUAACCCUAUACGUGUCAGAAUGACAAAUUUUGCCUUUUUUUUUUUUUUUAUAUCCCCAUCAUGAAGGUUACAGAAUUUCUGUACAUAUAGGAGUGUAGGUGAAGCACACUCCUGUUAAAAUCGGUUAUGUGUUUAUAAUGUGUAUGUAUAUUACCAGUUUUAUGUCCCUUGUUCUUGAUCAAGACAAGCUGUUUGUUUAUACAAUUUACACUAACAUGUGUAUGUAGUAGGUGUGUAUUUGUACAAGACUGAACUUGUCUUGUGACGGGUUUGGCUGAGAGUGAUUGUCUCUUUUGGCCUUUCUCCACCUUUUGCUCAUUGCUAUGGUAGGUGACUUCACCUUUUCUCCACCCAUUGUUCUGCAAUAUGACUGCAUUCCAAGUAUUCAUAUGAUUCAUUUUUACCUUGAGUCCUGAAGGAGGGGACUCUGGAGAGUGCAAUUAAGAAUUGGGAUGAUGAGGGAAAUGCUGUAGUUUGACCUCGUAAAGAGAUUUAUUAUUACCUUUAUUUUGCAUCGGUGCUUAAUGCAAAAACGUAUUUCAGUUAUAUCACUGGUUGUUAAAACGAAGCAGGUUGUAUGCUUUGGGGGAUUUUUUUUGCUUGGUUUUGGUUUUCUUUCUUAAUUAUUAGAUUUAUAUUCCCUUUACAAGUCUUGGAAGACGCCUAAGCUAUGACUGUUUUUUUUGGGGGGUUUUUUUUCAACUGCACAACACAUUUUCUCCAUGUUGAAGUAAAUACAUUUUUUUUAAGAAGCUUCAUAUUCCUUUAGCAACAAAACCUUUCACUAGAAACAAGUGAUUGAAAAAGAUUUGUUUCUAAUGCUUUUAGUUAUUUCUAAUUGCUUCUGAUUUACCCUGCUCAAAAUGCUAAAUAUUAUUAUUUUUUUUUAAAUCCAAACUAUUUAAUUUCAUCUUUCAUUAAAAUCUAUUGCUUCAUUCUAUUCCUAUUCUAAUAAUAAUAAUAACCCUGCCCUUGUUACGUUUUCUACAGAUUUAUUCAAAUGGGGAGUUUCACCACUACAUUGAUGGGUACAAUGAAGAUAAAAGCAACUGGAUGCGCUAUGUCAACCCAGCACACUCUCUUCACAAGCAGAAUCUGGCUGCCUGUCAAAAUGGCAUGGAUAUUUAUUUCUAUACCAUUAUGCCUAUCCCAGCGGAUCAUGAACUGCGAGUGUGGUACUCCCGGGACUUUGCGAAGAGACUUAAUUAUCCUCUGUGCAAUGAUGUUUUGACAAAUCUCCGUAAGUAGACUGCUAUGUACCUAUGUCACAUGGAAUGUUGAGAAUGUUGGCACUGCCUAAACUAUUAAUUAUAAUUCCCUUAAUUAAAUGGGUGUAUCUAUUUCAUCAGAAUAAAUUUUUUGUUAGAGAAUCCGCAGGUUUUAAAAUGACAUAGUGAUGCUUUACUUUCUGUAAGUGGACUACCCAAUGAGGACUCUCCCCAAGACUUUUGAAAAAAUAAAGUUUAGCACAGUAGACUUUUUUUAAACUUGAUAAAAUGUACCUGUUCUCAGUAGUAAGAUAAAUGUUUUCACACGAUAACAGACACCACAUAAACCAAAGACCUGUGUUCUUUCCUUUAAGUUUGAGGCAAGUUCGCUAGACUUCUACCUUAACUUCCUUUCUUAAAUUAAACGAAAGCCCGCUUACAUCUAUUGUUCUAUCAGACAUAUCUCCCCAUCUCACAUUUACUGUCAGUUUCUUGGUCUCUGGGGUUUUGUUGUAUGUGUUUUUUUGUUUGUGUUUUUUUUUCUAAAUAACUUUCACCUGUUUGAACAUAUUAUUGUACUUUUUUUUUUAUCAUGAGAUAAAAAAUAUAUAUAUAUAUUCAAUAGAAAGGGUGCACUCUCCAGUCUUUUUAAAUAUUUCAAAGUUAUUUAUUUUGUUACAUAUUGUAACACAUUGAUCGACGUUUCGACCUGUUUGGGUCUUCCUCAAGAUAGAUAUAGAUAUAUAUAUAUAUAUAUAUAUAUAUAUAUAUACUAUCUAUCUCUUGAGGAAGACCCAAAAUAUAUAAUAUUUUGGUGGAGUUCUCUCAUUUAUGCUCCAAUCCGAAUGAAUGUCAGUCCCAUGCUACUUAAUUCCAGAGAUGCUCGAUCUGUAGAGUAUAAAAUGUAUUCUAUUUUUGAGUGUUCCAAAUUAAGUCGAUGAAGAUUCAAGUAAGCAAAUUUAAAUAAAAAAAAAACCUCAAACCCACAAUUUGCUGCUGGUAUUGGGUAGUAGGGAUCUCCAUCUUUUUUAUAUAUUUUUUUUAUUAUUGUGAUUUAAACAAUUUAAAGGACCACUAUAGUGCCAGGAAAACACUCUUUUAAAAAAAAAAAAAAAAAAAAAAAAGUGAAUGUUCUCAAUCAGAAUACAGAACAUCUUCCUAACGUCACCAUGUUUUGUUUGUUUUUUUUUCUCUCUCUCUUUUUCUUGAGUUGCUUCUCAGGAAAAAUACUGUUGAUUGAACUAUUCUUUAAUAUCUUUAUUUGAAAAUAUGAUUACUUUUGUAUGUUAUGUGAAUCGUUGCAGAAUGUGAAAUAACUAAUUGGUGACACUUAUCUUGUAGAAAUCUCCUCAAAUUACUAUUACAUGUAGACUAAAUCAUGUUUUUGUUUCUGCAGAGCAAAGUCUUUCUAUCACGGAGGAUCAAAUGUCCAAUAAAGUGGGCAUCAAAAAGAGCACCCCUAAAAAGGAGCACAGUGUGGAAGAGAUUCUCAAAGACACACCACACCAACCAAAAUCAAAGAAUUUUCCUCUGAACAAUAUUGUUGCAGUUUCUCCAGGAAAAGAUACAGUGGACUUACGUAAAAACUGUAGCCCAGAGAAACCUUUAAUUCCACGUGUUGUCUAUCCAUUCCAGAGUCAAGUACAUGAAGACUACUUAAAGCCUUCUCUUGGGUACACAUUUGAGAGAAACAAUUAUUAUGUGCAUUCUCCAACUCAGCCAUCCACAACACCAAGCCCUUCAUCAAGAGGCAGUCCAGAUCAAAGCUAUAAAAGCUCCAGUCCACACAGCAGCCCUGGGUCUUCAGUUUCACCUCCACAUUUGUCACAAGAACACAGAGAAUUGUAUCCGUUCUUGAACAGACCGUAUUUCACCGAAGCAAUGGGAUCCCUACAUGGUUAUCCUUCUCCAACCAGUCAUCUUCCACAGACAUUUUUACCACCCUAUAACUCUUCAUAUCCAAAGUUCUUGUUACCUUCCUACAGCAUUGGUUGCAAUGGCUUAAAUGCAUUAAACAACAUUAAUGCCAUGAAUAAUUUCAAUCUCCUUCCGAGAAUGUACCCUGUUUACAGCAAUAUAAUCGGUGGUGGAAAUCUGUCUCAUCACAUGCUUAAUCAGGCUAGCCUCCCAGGUUCUUUGGUUCAUGAAGGCAGUCGUAGACUAAUACAACCUGAACAGCCACGAGACUUUCUUAUCCCUGCACCCAAUAGUGCCUUCUCAAUAACAGGAGCUGCUGCUAGCAUGAGGGACAAGCAAAUAAGUCCAACAAGUGGGUCACCUACUGCUGGCACAGCGGCCACUGAGCAUGUAAUGCAACCAAAAUCUACCUCAGCUGUGAUGACCACAAGCACCGAAGAAGCCAUCAAUCUCAUUAAGAGCAAGAGAACCAUGACAGGUUAUAAGACUCUUCCAUACCCAUUGAAGAAGCAGAAUGGCAAGAUUAAAUAUGAGUGUAAUGUUUGCACAAAGACAUUUGGACAACUCUCAAAUCUUAAGGUAGUUACCUUCGAAAAACAACUUGGUACAUUACAAGUUUGGUCAGAGUUCUGCUUGUGUAUAAUGUUUGUUACUGAUGGUCCUCUUUCUUAUUCUUGCUAAUUUUUGUUUUUUCAUUUUAAUUUUUUUCAUAGGUGCAUCUUCGGGUACACAGUGGUGAGCGGCCAUUCAAAUGCCAGACCUGCAACAAAGGAUUCACACAACUGGCACAUCUACAGAAGCACUUUUUGGUACACACAGGGGAGAAGCCUCAUGAAUGUCAGGUGUGUAGAUUUGAAAGUAUACUAAAUAUUUGUAUAUAUUUCUUUCCUUGACCUAUAUGCCAUUUUAUAAUUGGUUAAAAAACUAAUGGUUCAUAUGUAUGCAAACUGGUUCUGUUAGUCAGUAUAUCCUCUAAAUCGGUUUGUUGUAAGUUUACUCCUCGAGGAUGUAUGAAAGGAGCUCUGUCCUCUGUAAAAUUAGAUUGUGUUAAGAAAUUGUUUGUUUAUAUUUCUGGAUAUGUGACACACGCUUUUAAGUUUUAAAAUGUUUAGAUGACAGAGGACUAAAAUAAUUGCUAAAUGAUUUGUUGGAGAUCUUUUUCCAAGUAUUCCACUGGCAUAAACUUUCAGUUCUCCUAUUAAUUAUAGUUCUUAAGGCUCAUAAGGUUUUAAUUUAAGUAUGAACAUGGUCAAAACCUCACACAAACCUCUGCAGACAUUGCAGGUUAUGGUAUUGAAAUUGGUUUUCUAUUGUCAAAGCUGUUUUCUAAUUGAGGCUGACACAGAUGGGAUGAAGGGCUUGAACAAUGGUGACAAACUUAUAAUAAACAUUGUUUUUUUUGUUUUUUCUUCUCUUUUUGAUGUACAGGUAUGUCAUAAACGGUUCAGCAGCACAAGCAAUUUAAAAACUCAUUUGCGGCUCCAUUCUGGGGAGAAACCCUACCAGUGCAAGCUGUGCCCUGCAAAAUUUACUCAGUUUGUUCAUCUCAAACUCCACAAACGUCUUCACACAAGAGAACGGCCUCAUAAGUGUAUUCAUUGUCAGAAGAGUUACAUCCACUUAUGCAGCCUCAAUUUGCACAUGAAAUUAAUUUGUCCCUUAUCUCCAAGGUCUGGCUUAACCAGAGAAGAACUUACUCGUCUCAAUGAAGAGAUUGAGAAGUUUGAUAUCAGUGACAGUGCAGACAGAUUAGAUGACAUGGAAGAUAUGGACAUGUUGUCUACUCUGGAGAAUGAAAUGAUGUCUCUUCUUAGGAGAGAGAUCGAAGGUGCAAGUAUAGCAAGGAACACCGGAAAUGGUCUUCACAUGUCUUGUCGUAACUUUUAUGAACAUUCAGAUAAGGUGAUUAAGGGCAAUAACGAGCUUUGUGGCAGCUUCAUGUUGCCAAUCAAGGUUAAACAGGAAUCCAUUGAUCAAACAGACUCUUAACCGACAGAACAAGUGUUAUUCAUUGGACGUCAAGGAUCGCCGCAGUUUGUAGUCCGUUGUGUUUGUUUUUUUUGUUUUUUUUUUAUUUGUUGCACUGCCGCAUAGAACCUUGAAAUUUCGACGUCUCUUAGAUUAACCUGAUCACCAAGAAUGAACUCCUGUAUUCUCAGGGCAAAAGACAAACGGGGGACCCGAAUAUCCCUUUUCACUUAAUAUUAUUAAAAGACAAUCAUUUAUCCAUAAUUAUUUGUCAUUUUAAAAAAGUACAUAAUUUAUUAUGCAAUGUAUCAUUCGAAAAGCAAUAAUUACCUAAUGUUUACAAUGACAGGAAAAAAAUCUCAUUGUAAUUUGUCUAUAAAGAUGCAUAUAUGUUAAUGUACAUAAUUUUCAUGUGGCCAUUGAAAUGUAGAUAUUCUCGGCAGGUUUCUUUGUUUUUGGUUCUUAACUUAAGAAAUGUUUAAAGACAAAAGUUUAGAAUUUCCAAACCAAUGAACAACAUAUUGUUGCCAAAGCUGGACAUUUUUUUUUUUUUCCUGUUUAUUUACUUAUGUAUUUUAUAUUUUGUUUUCUUUAAAAUGUAAAUGAUCUCGCAGUGGUUUAACUUACUGGAUGAUCCUCUCCAUAAAAACUGGAAAAAAAAUAUAAUGGGAAAAGGAUCUAAUAGCGCUUUUUGUUUGGUGCUUGAGAUAGACCAAUCCCCAAAUAGCACAUGUAUAUGGAAUUUACAUUUAGUGUACCAAAAAUGCAUUAAUAUGGUCUGAAGCAUAGAUUAAAACUAAAAGUGAGAGGAAAGAAAUGGGCUUCGUAUUGUAAUCACAUAUUCAGAAUUGUUUGAAAGGGGAAUCAUUUUCAGUGUUGCCCAUUAUUAGCAAGACAAUCCUUUUAUUUUUUAUUUUUUUAUUUGGUGGGAUUCCCCUUAAAUGGCUUUAGUCUAAUUGUCCAGUAGUAGACACUGGUAAUAUGUAUUGUUACUGAUUGAUUUUUAUUUUAUCCUGUGAGUCAUUUCCUUCAGUAUUUAGUGUUUUUUGAUUUUAUUUUAUUUGUUCUUAAUUUAAAACUUAAGUUUUAAGGGCAUUGCGAAGUUGUUCGACAAUUUACCUCAUUGCUUGUGUCCAGUGGAGCAGAAAAAGGCUAGUUCCCCAAAUGCUUUGUGUCUUCAACAGAGAAACCAAAUAUGUGCAGCUUACAAACUGCACCAGUGCUUUAAACCUUGCUUUGCGUUCUGACCCCAAAGAUUCGUGUUGGCACUCUAAUGUAGCAAAGCAGACCUUCUCAAACACUUAAAACCCAAGACAUAUGCACAUGGAAAUAAUGUUGGCUUAUAGCCCAUUUGUGGCUUAGUAAUUUCUAAAAAGGAUCGUGGUGACAUUACUUCCACUAGUGCUGAAAUGACCAGGAAUAGCAACAAAACAGCUUUAAUAAAUCCAUGUUUGUACGUAGUUUGUGUUAAAGGUGUGUGUGUGAUCUGAAGUUGUGUAGCAAGCACUAAAGUAUUAAUGUAAUAUAUACCAAAGUAUCACUACUGUAACUGGACACUUGCUUCAAUUACUUGUUGCCAGUAGUGCUUUUUUUGUAUUAACUUCAAAGAAUUUUUAAUGUAUCACACAAAAGAAGUGUUGCGUGUUUAAGUAGAAUACUAUUACAUGUGAAUGUAGCAAAUGUGGUUUCUUUUUUUUUUUUCUUUUUUUUAAUAUAUAUAUAUAUUUUAUUAUUUUAUUUUAUUUUUUUUUACUUUUCUUUUCUGAAGAAGAAAAAUAUCUGACCAAAGUUUAACAGGCUUUAUACAUUGCUAGAACAACAAAAUUCUUAUGUUUACAUAUUGGUUUACAUUGUUAUUUAUGUGCAAAUUGUCAAAGAUGUAAAUUAAAUCUAAAUGUGCAUUUCUUUAUACAUCUG